GUUGAAAAAGUGGCUGAAUAUUUUGCCUUCAGAAGCUUUACAUCAUCAGCAAAAGCAGCCAGUUCAGGCAGUUUCUUUUGAUGGAUAUCUCCAAGCUGUGAAAUGCAAGAUGGAUUUGGUUUUUCUCACUCAUAUCCUACUGAUUGUGGCCCCAGCAGUCGCUGAUAGAAAUCAGUUCAUGGUGGGCAGCAUCUUUACAUCAGACAAAGAUGAAUCGGAAAUCGCAUUCCGAACCGCGGUGGACCGUGCGAAUAUAUUGGAGCGGAACAUAGAACUCGUUCCAAUUGUUAUGUAUGCCAACACGGAUGACAGUUUCAUCAUGGAAAAAAUGGUAUGCAACUUGAUUUCGCAAGGAGUAAUUGCCAUUUUCGGUCCCAGUACUGGCAGCAGUUCUGACAUAAUUGCCUCCAUUUGCGACACACUGGAUAUACCCCACAUAGUGUAUGACUGGAUACCCAACGAAUCCAUACCAGAUCGAGAGCACUCCUCAAUGACCCUUAAUGUUCACCCCGAUAACCUCUUGUUAUCCCAGGGACUGGCAGAAAUUGUCCAGAGCUUUGGCUGGCGUAGCUUCACAGUUGUCUAUGAAACGGAUAGAGAGCUUCAGCAACUUCAGGACAUUUUGCAAAUCGGUGAGCCGAGCAGCAAUCCCACCACAGUAAAACAACUGGGCCCAGAUGAGGAUCACAGACCUUUUCUCAAGGAAAUCAAACUAUCCACUGACAACUGCCUGGUGCUGCACUGUGCCCCAGAUAAUCUUCUGAAAAUAUUGGAACAAGCCAAUGAGCUGAAAAUGUUGGGCGAAUAUCAGAGCGUUUUCAUACCGCUUCUGGACACCCAUUCAAUCGACUUUGGCGAUCUUUCUGGUGUGGAUGCCAACAUCACCAUGGUGCGAAUAAUGGAUCCCACCGAUUUCCAUGUCAAAAACGUUGUGCACGACUGGGAGGAGCGCGAGAAACGCGAGGGUCGGUACUUCAAAGUCGAGCCAGCUCGGGUGAAGACUCAGAUGAUACUGAUCAACGACGCCGUUUGGCUGUUUUCCAAAGGACUAACUGAGCUCGGCAUUUUCGAGGAGCUCACUGCCCCCGAACUGGAGUGUAGGCGAAAGAAACCCUGGCCAUUUGGAAAACGCAUUAUUGAAUUCAUGAAAGCUCGCUCCGAGGAGACAGCCACGGGCCGAAUCGACUUCAAUGAGAAUGGACAAAGAAGCUUCUUCACGCUGCGGUUCAUGGAGUUAAACUCUGACGGCUUUUUGGAUUUAGCCACUUGGGAUCCGGUGAACGGCUUAGAUGUGCUCGGUGACGAGGAGGAGAGCGAGAAAAGAGUGGGUCAAAAGCUGUCCAACAAAACGUUCAUAGUGUCCUCCCGCCUGGGAGCCCCGUUUCUUACACUCCGAGAGCCUGAGGAAGGGGAGAUCCUGAGGGGGAACGCCCGGUACGAGGGCUACUCCAUAGACUUGAUCGACGAAAUCGCCAAAAUGCUGAAUUUCAAGUACGAAUUCCGAAUGUCGCCUGACGGCAAGUAUGGAGCUCUUAACAAGGUGACCCAAACUUGGGAUGGUAUCGUAAGGCAGCUUAUUGAUGGGAACGCCGAUCUGGGCAUCUGCGACUUGACAAUGACAUCUUCCCGACGCCAGGCCGUUGACUUCACACCCCCUUUUAUGACCCUGGGAAUCAGCAUAUUGUUUUCUAAGCCUCCCACUCCGCCCACCGAUCUGUUCUCGUUUCUGUCUCCGUUCUCGUUGGAUGUGUGGAUCUACAUGGGAUCUGCGUACCUGUUCAUUUCCCUGCUGCUCUUCGCACUGGCUAGAAUGGCGCCCGACGACUGGGAAAAUCCCCAUCCCUGCAAGGAGCCCGAGGAAGUGGAGAACAUAUGGUCUAUAAUGAACACCACCUGGCUUUCGAUCGGCUCAUUGAUGGGACAGGGCUGUGACAUUUUGCCGAAGGCUGCCUCAACCCGUUUGGUCACCGGCAUGUGGUGGUUCUUCGCUCUAAUGAUGCUGAACUCCUACACAGCCAACUUGGCUGCCUUCCUGACCAACUCCCGCCAGGGGAAUUCCAUCAGCAGCGCCGAGGACCUGGCUGCCCAGAACAAAAUAAAGUACGGCGCCAUGGCCGGUGGUUCCACAAUGGGCUUUUUUCGGGACUCAAACUUCAGCACCUACCAAAAGAUGUGGACCGCCAUGGAAAGCGCAAGUCCCUCGGUUUUCACAAAAACCAACGACGAGGGAGUCGAGAGGGUGCAGAAGGGCAAGAAUCUGUAUGCCUUCAUGAUGGAGUCCACCACCUUGGAGUACAACGUGGAGCGCAAGUGCGAUCUGGUGCAGAUCGGCGGAUGGCUGGACUACAAAAGCUACGGCAUCGCUAUGCCCUUCAAUUCCCCAUAUCGCAAACAAAUCAGUGGGGCAGUAUUGAAGUUGGGUGAGCUGGGACAGCUGGCGGAACUCAAGAGAAAGUGGUGGAAGGAGAUGCAUGGCGGGGGGAACUGCGAGAAAAGCGACGACGAAGGCGGAGACACCCCCGAACUGGGAUUGGAGAACGUGGGUGGCGUCUUCCUGGUGCUGGGACUCGGUUUGUUUGCAGCCAUGGUGCUUGGAUGUACGGAAUUCCUGUGGAACGUUAAGUCGGUGGCUAUUGAAGAGAAGAUUUCGCUAAAAGACGCCUUUAAAUCAGAGGCCUUGUUUGCGGCCCAAAUUUGGAUAACUACAAAGCCAGUACACAGUUCUGGCUCGGGCGGCUCUUCCUCGUCCAGUUCCUCUUCCAGCCGUACCAAGCACUCUUCAAAGUCGCAGGGCUUGUCUAUGAGAAGUCUCAAGAGCUCUGGGGACCACGACGUAGAGGCCUCGGUUCACAGCAAACUGAAGAAAAUUGGAUCCAUGUUCUCACUGAAAUCCCAGAAGACAAGCACUCCGCCGCCGCCAGAGAUCGGCUGGAAACUGGACAAGUCAACGCAAAUGGAUGAUAACGAAGUACCAACUCCCGAGGCGAAACCCGAAUUGAAUCCGGAGGAGGAGCCAGAGCAACCGCAACAUCGGCGACAUCAUCACCACCAUCAUCACCGCCAUCACCACCACCAUCAACGAGAAGAUCAGGAGCACGACGGAGAAGAAUAAUUACAUUUGUUCGGAUACCAAAAUGAAAUUGAAAGGAUGAACCUUUGUAUUCUAAUCAUGGUUUUGAUUUCCAUGACUUCCAACAUCACCACUUUCAUUCAAAAUUCACCGAACUAAGCAUUUAAUGUAAAUGGUUAAAAGUAUGCUAUUCGACAAUCGGAACCUUUAUUUGUUGCAUAUUCUAGCAGUUCUUAAAAACCCAUUUUCGUAAACUCCUUUAAAAAAAUGUAACACCUUUUAUUCGACGUUUUUAAUAAACUAAAAGCAGUUUAAGCACUAA